AUAAUUUUAAAAAAUGCUGUCAAUAUGAUCUUUUAGCAUAUCAAUACAUUCAGUAUGAAAAAAAUAGUGGACCCCCUCCAGGAGCUAAACGGGAAACGAUUUCUUAUCAUUACAAGAUGUCACAAAACAACUUGUUUGCGAUAACGAAAAAUCUUCCUAUCACUAGUUUCAGAGAAAAAAUAGAAAGGGUCAAUAUCCCCUAUACAGACAAAAAUUUAGAGAGAAAAUAUUUAAAUUUGAAAAAGAUUAAUUUUUCUCUUGAUAAAAAAGCGGAUAUUGAGUCCUGGAUCACGGGUAAUGAUAACAAUACUCAAAGUACUCCAAUUUUCACUUAUAAUUAUCAAUUAAUUGAUAGAAUGGAAGAGAUUGUGAAAAUUGAGCAAAUUUUUAAAAAUGAAAAAGAUCCUUUUGCUCUUUUGAUUCAGACAAAUACCGAAGAAAGGAGAAAGGAAUCUAGUAAAUUCUAAAAAUUCUUUAUUGGAUUGGAUGGGACUGAAUGAAGCAAUACUCGACCGUCCAUUAACGGCUGAGGAACUUUCGGUCUUCCCAGAAUUUCUGUGGUUUGUUAAUAAUAUAAAAUGAAACCAUGGAUUAUACCAAGCCAAUCACUUAUUUCUAAUUUGAAUCUCAAUGAUGAAAUGACGAAUCAAAAGAUCGGUAAAAUUAAGAAUAAAAACAAAGAUAAAAAGGAUAAAAAGAAAACUGAGGGUGAAACCAAAGGUAAAACUGAGAGUAAAAAAAAAGAUAAAGCCGAGGGUCAAACCAAAGGGGAAACUAAAGGUGAAACCAAAGGUGAAACCAAAGGUGAAACCAAAGGUGAAACCAAAGGGAAAACUGAAGGUGAAACCAAAGGUGAAACUGAAGGGGAAACCCAGGGGGAAACUGAAGGGGAAACUGAAGGUGAAAAGAAAAGUCAAACUGAGAUAGAACUAGAGUUAUUCCUGAAAAAUUAUUUAUUUUUUCAAUUUAGAGAGGAUGAGGAUGUUACUUUUAAUCAAGGCCUUUUCCAAGAUCUCCAGAUCUAUUGUCUCUUGCUUAGAAUGCUAAAUCGAAAAAAAAUGAUGCUAUCAUGGAUUCAAAGGGAAAAGUUAAAUUUGGGUCUAAUGCCACAGAUGAAUCAGGAAGAGAGUAUUCAAGAUUCAAAAAAUUCAAAAAGAAAUGUUCCAGAUUCAAAACAGAGUGUUCCAG